CAAAACAUUCCCUUCUCCACCUCUGUUUUUGUUUUAAUAAUAGUAGUUGUAAUAAUUAUAAAUGAAGACUCCAAGAUUUGCAGCAGAUUAUACUACUUACUCAGGAGAUCAUGAACAUGGAAUAUCCUUUUUGCAGCAUGACUGAAGUUAAAACAACCAAAAGAGAGAAGAACAAGACCAAAAGAAAAUUCAGCGACGAUCAAAUCCGAUCGUUGGAAUCGAUAUUUGAAUCCGAAUCCAGGCUCGAUCCACGAAAGAAGUAUCAGGUGGCUAAAGACUUGGGGUUGCAGCCACGACAGGUGGCCAUAUGGUUCCAGAACAAGAGAGCCAGAAGGAAGUCGAAGGACCUCGAACGAGACUACGCCAUCCUACAAGACAAUUACAACAAUCUAGCUUCCAAGUUCGAAGUCCUAAAGAUAGAAAAACAAGCUUUACUGUCUCAGUUGCAGAAGCUGAACGAUUUGCUUAAGAAGCCGAAAGAGGAAAAGCAAUGUUGUGGACAAGUUGAUGACAAGUUGAGUUUUUCAAUGGAAAGAUCGGAACAUGCACUCAGAGUGUUGUCAGAUGAUGAUAGUGGCAUAGUGAGAGGCUAUUUUAGACUAGAAGAAGAGCCUGAACUUAUAAGCAUAGUGGAACCAGCUGAUGGUGCUUUAACAUCACCGGAAGAUUGGCACAGUUUUGAAUCUGAUGUUCCCUUUGAUCAGUCCGGCAGUGGGUAUCAGUGGUGGGAUUUUUGGUCUUGAACGAAUGAAGUGAUGAAAAUAAAUUAUGGAGGAGAAUGUAUGUAAAUAAUCUUCAUUAUGUAAA